UUGUGGAUGGUGCAAAGGGCGGUUCUUUAGUAGAAAAAGCUUUGCACAAGGAAGCAGUCAAGGCCAUUCUUAAUGGAGCGGCUGUUUUCUUCCCGGAUAAACACGUCAGAAGGGACAAACUAUUCGACAUGAUGAAAAACAUUACCGAACAGGAUCAGCCAGAGUCAGUGAAGGUGACAUUUGAAUCGCUUUGCAAUUACUUCAGUGACCAGGAUCCAAGUGGCCUUCUCCUGCUCCCCCCUAAAGGGGCUCCCUCAGACUUUGACAUCAGCCCCAUACUGUCAGUAAUGGAGACGUUGCUGCUGGUGGCAACGAGAGAGUGUGAGGUGAUGAUGGUGGAUGAGAACAGUGGAGCCAGCAGGACGGUGUUGCUGUCCUUGUUUUGGGCUCUGCAGGGUAGUCUGCUCUCCUGGUGCUACCUGCAACUCAAAGGAGGAGCCUCCACCGCCAUCUCUAAGGAGCUGGCCAGAGACAUCCUACUGAAAU